GUUGGUUGGUUGGAAGAAAAGAAACUAGAAAGCGAGAGGCAGUGCGAGAUGAAAUGUACUUGUUGCAAGAGGUGAGAGAGAGAGAGAGAGAGAGAGAGAGGAGGAACCAAUAAAGAAAAGGAGAUGACCUAGCUAGCUAGUAGUGGCCCCCCACAACACUUGAUCAAUGAAUCCAAUCAUGGACAUUGAUAGAUCAGCCAUUGUUACCUUGCAGCUAGCUCGGCCAAGAUCAGAUGGAGGCCUCCAAUCUUGCUAGGUCAUUUUCCCUUCAACCACUGCAAAGCAAUCUGCACAUCAGCGUAAUCUCCAGUCGAUCGACACAGCUUUCAGCUACAUGAUGAUGAUCAGCUCGAUCGAGGGCUAGUCUUUCUCUUGAUGCAACCAUCCGUUUGGUCGUCGAUCCACAAGGCUGCAAUGGCGUCGUCGUCGUCUUCGCACCCGGAGGAGAUCAUGAGCUUCCCGUCCGAGUCCGGCGAGUCGUCGUCGUUGGCACCUAUGAUCGACGGCGGCGGCGAGCUCGUCGUGCAGCUGGUGCCAAGAGACGUCUCUGACGGGAUCCUCGGCAAGUUCGCGGACACCAGCGAGUUCGACUUCGACUACGACAGGAGCGGCCUCUGGUCGCCGCUGGUGCUGAGGCCGGAGGUCCUCCUGCUCGCGCAGACGGCUGCGGGCCGGCGCCGCCGCCGCCACCAACGCCGGAGAUGGAAGCGGAAGGAGAUGCUCUGCUACUGCUUCUGGUGACAUGGCACCGGCAAUUUGGCAUCAUGGCAUGUCUUCUUCUCAAGUGCAGCUUGAUGUUGGAUUAGGAAUUAGUAAUCAAUGCAAUUGCAACAGAAGAAAAGGGCAAAUACAAGAGGGUGUCCAUGCUUGUACUGCCAAAACAUUGUGCAAUACUUUUUUUUGGGGUACCUAAUGCUCUGUAACUACUAGUAUUGAUUUCUUUAACCACUUUACUGUUUUCCAUGUGAGAUUUAUUGAUGCACUGUGUGUACUGAUCUAAAGAAGAUUUGUGAUCGAAUUACUUCAGAUCAUGCGUACCACUUUUCUGAUUUCCAGCUUUCAGGCAGAGGAAAUUAAUAGAAUGAAUGAUCUAAAUGUAUAUUUGGAUUGAGAAAAAAAAACAAGCUUCUUUGCAGUUCCGGUUAUUAGCUGCAGAGAAAAUCCAGUCAAAAGUAAA